CCGAACUCCGUGUCAUCGAUGCUCUAAGCAAAGUAGGCGGAAGUGUUUUUUUAGGUGGGCUUAGCACAUUCCUUGGAAUGAUGCCAACGGGAUUUACCUCCUCCAUGGUAUUUCAGACAUUUUUCAAAAUGUUUGUUGGUAUCGUUUUUCUUGGUUUACUUCAUGGUUUGGUUAUACUACCUGUGUACCUGUCUCUACUCGGAAAGCUCUUUAAUCUUCGUGGAAGUAACCUUGACUUGUCAAUCAUAAAGUGGUUCAACAUUACAAAAAGAUACAAAUCUAGUAGAAAUACAAGCCGAGGUUUAUCUGGAUUACACGCAAAAACCAAGCAAUCCAAUCCGAUUGCCAUUGUGGGAAUGAGUUGUCGUUUUCCAGGUGGGGCAAACUCGAAAGAUGCAUUUUGGGAUAUGUUGGUGGAAGGUCGAUCUAGUAUUGGCUCGUAUCCAAUGAACAGGCCAGACGCAAGGGAGUUCACAGAUUCGUUUAACCCAGGGAAGCACACGCCAGGGAAGCAUUACAUCCUUACUGGCGCAUUUCUUGAAAAUAUUACAGGAUUUGAUGCUCAGUUUUUUGGAAUAUCUCCAAUCGAAAGCCGUUCAAUGGAUCCCCAACAGCGAAUACUUCUUCAAGUUGUCUUUGAAGCGAUUGAAGACGCCGGUAUACCGCUUGAGGACUUACAACAAUGUCGAACUGGCGUUUAUGUCGGAUCUAUGUGCACGGAAUAUAGUGCACUUGUUUUUGAUCCUUCGAAUAUUAGAAAGAUUGAUCAGUUCUCGUCAACUGGCUGCUCUAUGUCAGUUAUAGCCAACCGGAUCUCUUUUUCGCUGAACCUAACUGGCCCUAGCAUCGCGUUGGAUACAGCUUGUUCCUCAUCUUUGGUUGCUUUGGACAUUGCAUUUCAACACUUACAAACUGGCGAGUGUGACGCGGCUAUAAUUUGCGCCCCUAAUAUAAUUCUUAUUGGAAACCAAUUUCACACGGCAUGCUGCAGAACUGGGCUGCUGGCCCAAGAUGGUCGUUGCAAAUGUUUUGAUAUCAAAGGUGACGGCUAUGGGAGAGGUGAAGGUGUAGCUGCGAUCGUGAUAAAACCAACCGAAACAGCCUUAGAGGAUAGAGAUAAUAUUUAUGCAGAGGUCGUGGCUUGCGGAACAAAUAAUGAUGGCCAAACCGCCAUUCCAAUGACAGCCCCUAGUGAGGUAACACAAACCGCUCUUUUUAGGAGAGUUCUUCAAGAAUCAGGUCUGACCAAGGACGAUAUAACGUACGUGGAAGCACAUGGCACCGGUACAGCCGUUGGAGAUGUCGUCGAAAUGGGAUCGCUGUCAACAGUCUAUGGCAAUAGUGGUAAACGAUUACUUCGUGUAGGAUCAGUGAAAUCAAACGUAAACCAUACGGAGUCAACAGCAGGUUUAGCUGGACUAAUCAAGACAUGUCUGAUGAUAAAACAUGCUCAAUUUGUUCCUACUAUUAAUAUUCAACAAGUUAAACCACAGCUCAUGAUGUCUCAGAGAAAAAUGGUUGUUCAAGUUUCCAAUGAGCCUUGGAAAACCGAGGAUGAUAAGCCGAGAACCGCCGCGGUAUCUUCGUAUGGAUUCGGUGGUGCAAAUGCUCAUGCAAUCAUUAGGGAAGUAACAGCGAGGCCAACAACUAUAAUCCCAAGCAGAAAUUCAUCCAACAGAGUCCUAACAUUGUCGGCAGCGUCGAAAGAAUCAUUGAGAGCAAUGGCUAGAAAAGUGUCUUUAUCGCUAAAGAUAAAGCCUGAUGACGACGAACUUCUUAAAGAUAAUAUUUGUUAUUCCUUCAACGAAAGGUACACAAUUCAACUCCAUCGCUUGGCGAUUAGCUUCUAUUCAUUUCAAGAUGCAGCAAAGGCAUUGGAUAUGUUCUCUGAUCAGGAGAAUGGAUGGGAAGAAUUGGUGGCUACAGGGGUCGUCGCUAAGCCGCGUCGUGAAGCCGUAUUCCUCUAUGGUGGUCAAGGUGCACAGUGGUAUGGUAUGGCGAGAGAAAUGCUAGUUCACGAGCCAAAAUUCAAGCAAAGCAUUGAAAAAAUUGACGCACUCCUUAAACAAUACCAUGCCCCUGGUCCUUGA